UCAAUCAGUUGCUCCAUAUCAAGUCCGUUAAAGUAACGCCAAAGGGGUUUUGUCUCUCUGAAAUGCUGACUGAAACUCGAAGCUUCUCAUGGACUCCAUCACAACAACAAAGCACCCAUUCAGCUCCUUCAUUCUCAGCCCCUUAAACCCACACACCAAACCCUCCUUCACAGCAAAUUUCUCCCAUUUCAAGAAGCUCAGGAAGUCUUUGGUUUGUUUCUCGCACAGGCCUAGUUCUAAUUCAAAUCCCAGAAACCCAAGAUGGCCAAAGCCCUUGUCUUUUCGCAGGUUUCCCUUAAACCCUAUCUGGGUUUUGGUCCCGGUCCUCCAGAGCAUCAGGGUUUUAGCUUCUUCAAGGACCCAGAAAUGGGCUUCUUUUGUACAGGCUUAUACAGACUCAGGGAGGCUUGUACAUGAAAAAAGCAACGAUUUUUUGCACAACAGUGGGAUUGGGUUAGCUUUGUUAAGCGUGACCACAGAUGCCAAGGUGAAGAUUAGUCCUUUCGUGGCUCAACUGGCUGCGAAUCCGACCUUUGUUUCGGGGAUGUUUGCUUGGUUUAUGGCACAGUCGAUCAAAGUGGUGUUGAAUUUCUUUGUGGAGAGGAAGUGGGAUUUGAGGAUAUUGUAUGCUUCUGGAGGCAUGCCUUCGUCUCAUUCGGCUUUGUGCACUGCUUUGACGACAUCUGUGGCGCUUUGUCAUGGUGUUGCGGACUCAUUGUUUCCGGUUUGUUUGGGGUUUAGCCUCAUUGUUAUGUAUGAUGCUAUUGGGGUUAGGAGACAUGCUGGUAUGCAAGCUGAGGUGCUGAAUGUAGUCGUAGAGUACUUAUUCCAAGGGCAUCCAAUCAACCAAAAGAAGCUCAAGGAACUCCUUGGUCACACCCCCUCCCAGGUUCUUGCUGGAGCUGUCCUCGGCAUUGUGGUCGCAUGUGUUUGUUGCCAGGGUAGCUUGGUUGCUGCUUGAACGAACUUCUGAUACGUUGCUGUUGAUUUUGGUCACAUUGUGUUGACACACACCAUUACAUCAUUGACAUGUCUAGGUUCUACUGUAAGAUCAAGUCUGAAUGGGAAAAAAAAAAUUUGAUACCAAAUGCUCUUUUGUUCAUUUGCAAGUUCGCAACUGAUUGGGAAAUGUAUAUACACUUCAGUUUAGGAAUGAAACAAAGCCCCAAGACCUUUUGGCACUUUAGCCAAAUUGAAUAUCCAUCCCAAUCCCAAAUUAAGGAUGAAUAUUCCCAUACCAUCGAGUAUUUAUAGUCUUUUUUUUUUUUUGGCAGGAAUACUUAUAGCCUUAUUUGAACAGAUGAAUGAUCAAAUACAGGUUCUUGUUGUGGGUUUAAGAAAAAAAAUAUAUAAGAAAGAACACCUUGUUCUUGUGGGAAUUGUACUUGCUCCUAACCAAUUUGGAAAUUGGUUUUAUACUUUUAUCAAGAGUUCUGACUCAUAAUUGCACAACCA